CAGUGUGGCUGUAUUCAAUACAUGCUCCCUGGUACUCUUUACGUUUGUGUGUUUUUUGGUUGUCUCAGACUCAAGUAUACAACAAAUGACUUGUUAACCAUCAGAGUCUACUCUGGACUUUUUUUCGACAAUUCUUGGCAAUGAGCUUAAUCUUUUCCCGAGUUCUCUCGUCGCGUCGAAGAUGGCGCAGAGGCUAACGAGCCGGUCCACAAGUUCAACUGCGUAGGACUGGACACCGAUUGCCACUUCCGACGAUUACUCUCGCGAAUCUACGCUCCCUAGCCAACAAAAUGGAUGAACUUUAGCUUCUAAUCAAGACCUGCAAAGACUUUGGAUGUUGUGCUGCCCUGUGCGGCUCAAAGACUUGGAUUUGUGGAUGUGUUCCCAACGGAGCCGUUACGCUACGCAGCUUUUAUCUUUAUCAGGUGGACGGCAUCGCAGAGCUAGCGCGAAAAUCGAAAUGCGGUGGAAUAUGCUUCAAUAUCAACGAGAAAUGGUGCACAGAGGUUAUACAGCUCAGCACACACUGCAGCACACUUUUGGUGUCAUCAUUCUUGAACUAAAUUGGUGUAUCCUGAGGACACCAGCCAUCAAACAAAAUGAACAGCUCUGCUUCCUCAUCUUUUUCAUCCAUUUUAGUUAAUACUGUGAUACCUCACAUUUCUGUGUUCUCACUCUCAGCCACAUCUCCUCCUACAUCCCCCAUUCUAAUCUCUCUGGUCACUUCUAACCCAGUUAUGUGUUCAUUAGAUGGUGCAGCCUUCCGUCUGCUGCUAGCUGUUCUCUAUUCUCUUUUGUUCCUCCUUGGCCUAGUGGGUAACCUCUUUGCCUUGUGGGUCUUCCUUUUUGUUCACACCAGCCGUAACUCUAUGCGUGUGUAUCUCAUCAACUGUGCAGCAGCAGACCUGCUCCUCCUGGGAUGUCUGCCCUUCCGGAUCUUCUACCACAUUAAUGGAAACAACUGGGUCCUGGGACUUGUGGCCUGCAAAUUGGUGGGAAAUCUGUUCUACAUGAACAUGUACAUCAGCAUCAUGCUACUGGGGCUCAUCAGCCUGAAUCGCUAUUUGAGGCUCAAAGAGAAAGGCAGAGUGAGGAGAGGUUUGAGGAAGCGACUAUGGUGGUGUAGUUGGCUGUGGAGUUGGGUGGUAUGUGGAGCGCUGUGGGGCUUGUCUCUGGUAGCAUUGGUUUCCAUGAUUGCUACUGCAGAGGACAAAGAGGACAACCACAAAUGCUUCCAAUUCAAGCAGCGGCGGCUCGCCAGAGGGAAGGCAUACUUUAAUGUUGUGCUGGUGGGAUCGUUCUGGCUCGUCUUCCUCAUGCUCAUGGUGUCCUAUGCCAAAAUUGCCUUCCAGUUAAUACAAGUCUCACGUGACAAGCCAGAACUACCAAAUGCACAAAGAUAUGAACGUACUGCGAAGAAAUCCUUUGUUGUCUUCUUCCUGUUCACCCUUUGCUUUGGUCCCUACCACACCUUUCGGCCCAUAUAUAUUCUCACCCAGCUUAAUGCGACAGCAUCCUGUGACUAUUUGCGUGUGGUAGAUAACAUCAAUGAGGUCGUGCUGUUAUUAUCUGCCUUUAACAGCUGUUUGGAUCCUGUGAUGUACUUUGUUUUGUCUGGUUCAAUGCGUAAAACUGCCCUCCGUGCACUUAAAAACCGACUUUUCUUCCAAAAUGAAGCCACAACUAACAGCUCAACAACAGAGUUCCAAAGGUCUUCAGUACCUUUGGCUUUACCAAGAACUGUGGACUGAGUCUUUCUCAUAGAGGUUGAUAUUUCUGUUUCUUCAGGUUAAGUCACAAUAUUAAUGUAUUCACGUUGAGUCAAAAUAUUAAUGUAUCUGCCAGUUUAACACGUGCUAAAAUCUCACUGAGGUGAGUUAAAAAACGACCAGGAAAUCAGAUUAUAUUAAAACCAUCAAGUGCGUGGUCAAGUCCCCACUGUGUCGAUUAAGUGCCGGAUUCAGGACCGCUCCAUAUGGUCUGGGUGUGAGGGUUGCACAAGUUAGAGUCAAAUCUGGUGAGAGUCAUUGUUAUAGGAGAGUAAUUCUUCAAAUGUGGCAUGCAGUGCCCCCUUAUGGCGGUAUGAGAAAUAAUCAUUGAAUAGUGUGAUACUUGCAACACUGCACUUGUAUUGUCCAUAGAUACUGUAAUUUGUGGUUUUCUGCAAGGCCAUGAAGGUAACCAAACAAGUGUCAUUUGUGAUUGGCUAAGGGAGUACAGAGGCAGGGAAAGACCAAAUGUGUCCAUUCAUAAACUGGCGGCUAUAGGAAAUACGGUAUAGAGGUAGUUUAAUCUUGUUUUGAUGUGAUUACAACCGAAAAUCAUUUGUUUUGAAAUAAAGACUUUAAUAACACACUGUUUGUCCUGAUUUCUUUAUCCAAGCAAAGGGAGCGCUACAUGGACAAAUGUGGCUUCUGUGGGAACGCCGAUAAG